UUUGGAAAUAAACAGUAUUCGAAUCAGAUCGGCAUGCAUCCGGAUGGAAUCUGUCGGUGUUGUCUUAAGUCUACCACACUCACUGAUAGUACUUCAUUUUCGGAUAAUGAUUUUCGUUCGAAAAUCAAGAUUAUUUUCAAUUUCGAUAUGAGUGAUGAUAAAUCAUUUCCCUCUGUUGUUUGCGCGAGCUGUUGCAGUAGGAUUACGGAGUUUCACCUCUUCUACGAAAUGGUUCGAGCUAAUCAAAUCCAACUUAGGAGCACAUCCACCGGCAACGCGAACUCAAAGUCCUUGGCAAGUGAAGAUGUUAAAAUAAAACAGGAAAUGUCGGCUCGAAAUGAAAGUGAAUUAGACAAAGUUGUUUGGUUGAGCGAACAUGAGUCCGAUCAGGAGAGUACGGUUAUCAAGUCAUCGGAUUCGGUAUCUACACUUGAUGUUAAAGCCGAAAUUAUUGAUUCCGAUGCUACUGAGGGAAGUGACAAACCAAUCACUCGGAAGAAGCGGAGACAAACCCUAAACAAAACCACGGCUACUGGUAAAAAAGUAUUGAACAGAAGGUCCGAAAGUCACGAACAGAGGACCAAUAGAAGCAAUGAUGAAAAUCGGAAAAUCUUAGAAUUUUACGAAAUGAAUUGCGAGUUCUGCUCGGAGACUGUCUCUACCUUUGGCCGACUGCAAACGCACUGUCGAAAUGUUCAUAACAAAAGGGCAGGAGUGAAAUGCUGCGAUCGCAUAUUUUAUGUUAAAUCCAGAAUCAUUGAACACAUCAAUUCCCAUCAAAACCCGAAACGGUAUCACUGUGCCAUUUGCAACAGAUACUACCACAGCAAAGACUAUCUGGAAUUACACAACGUAAAAAUGCACAGCAACACGGUGGAGAAACCUUUCGAUUGCGAGAAGUGCGACAAAAGUUUCCACCAGCAGGGUUUAUUGAACGCCCAUCUGAAAACUCACAUCCAAGUGGAAUGCUCCGUUUGCCACCGAAUGUUAGCCAAUAUUUACAACCUCAAAAUGCACAUGCUAAGGCACAGCGAUAAUGUGAAACACAUUUGCGACACUUGUGGGAAAGAGUUCCGCUGUAAGGAGUCAAUUGAGCGACACAUCAAACGUCACAUGGGUAUUAAUCCGGUUGAACGACUCCAGUGCCAUAUCUGCAGCCGAUGGAUCACAGGAAAGCGCAAUCUGAAGCUACACAUGAGAACGGUUCAUUGCGAUAAAAAUCAGGAGUUUUCUUGUGAUAUCUGCUAUCAGAAGUACCGUAAUGAGCGGUCCUUAAGUGUUCACAAGGGUCGGGUUCACGUGGAAAAAAAGUUCGAAUGUGAGUUUUGCGGGAAAAAGUUCAAAAGAAGUAUAAACUGGAAGGAACACAGGGCUUCCCACACUGGUGAAACGCUGUAUUCGUGCGAUGUGUGCGGCAUGACCAGCAAUUCCAACGGUAAUCUUUACUCGCACAAGAAGAACAAACAUCCGGACGAAUGGUUGAAGGCGAAAAAGAAAGCUAUGGAAGUAGAUUAUGCUAGAUCAUCCUCGCAAUAAGUUGGUACGUCGCAGUCUGUAGAAGUAGAAGAUUCAAUGUGUUUCUGGACGGGAUGUAACAUCAGAGCGUCUUCCUCGUCAUUUUUGUUAGGCUUGUUUGUGAAACAAUAUAAAAAAAUUAUAGUUAUUUAAAGCUAUAUU